AGAAAAGAAUAAACAAAGAGCUUGUUUACUCAUUGUUAGUUGUGUGUUCUAAAGUGAGUGGUUGUGUUGGACUUGCGUCAAGAUGACGGAUAAAUUUGUUCCUACAAAAGCAAGUAAACCAAAAUUCAUAAUAGACAAUGAUGCCGGCGGAGACGAUGCUAUGGCGAUAUUCCUUGCUUUGCUGUAUGAGAAACAUUUUGAUGGACCGGAACUGCUCGCGCUGACAACUGGUAACGGCAAUACAAAUGAAGAUAAUGUCAGCGUCAACAAUCAAAGGAUAUUGAAGGUCGCUAAAAGACAAGAUGUGCCAAUCUACAGAGGAUCCAAAUCGUCUUUAGUUAAAACACCAUCCGUCACCGAUUACUACGGUAAAGAUGGUUUGGGAGAUACUGGAGAUGUCUACCCUGAUCUGGUUCCAGCAAAGGCUGAGAAUGCUGUGACAGCACUGAUAGAUUAUUCUAAAACGUAUGAAGGCAAUUUGACUGUGAUAACAAUUGGAACCCUGACCAAUGUGGCACUAGCUAUUAAACUAGACCCAGAUUUUUUGUCGAGACUGAAUCAUUUAUACGUCGGUGCUGGACACAUUCACAGUGAAAGUACUCCUGGUCCAGAAUUUAAUGCCCAAAUGGAUGUAGAAGCCUACCACGUGGUAGCACAAAACGCCACUCCGGACAAAGUUACCUUAUUCCCAUUCUCACAAGCUAAACAGUAUUUGAACUUUAGUAAGGAAUGGAGAAACAAUGUAUUAGGAAGUAUAGACACGGAUAUAAUUAAGGCGCAGAAUAAGUUCGAGAGGAUAUCAAUGACGAAGGAGGAGAGGUGGCAGGCGUUGGACCCGGCGACUGUAGCGUUGUUCCUGAAGCCAGAGUUAGUGCAGGAGUACAAGUAUUCAAAGAAUGAUAUUACGAUUUGCGGAGACAACAGAGGAAUCAACACAAAUGAUUUUGUAGAAAAAGAAAAAGCUAACGUCAGAAUAGCUUAUUCUGUAAAAGCAGAGGAGUACAAACAAUUUUUAAUAGAAGUAUUUCAAUCAGAGCUGAAGGAUUCCAGAGAAAAUAAUGUUAUGGAACCAUAAACUACUACUGAACAAUGAAUCCAAGUUCUACAUCAAAUAAAUGCAAAUAAGUACAAUAAAAUGAAUCCCUGAGCUUAA